AUGGCACCCCUCACACCUCUUGCCGUUGGCCCCGAGUCGGUUGCUUACAGCUUGCAGCUGCAAAAGCUGAAUAUGCGCCCGCGACGCAACGUAGAUGCAAAUGUAAAUUGCAAAAUCCACGGCGACUUCCCGCGGCUCUUCGACAGGCAUCUGGAUUUACAUAACGUACUGGAAAUGUACGAGGAGGUCUUCUUCGGGGCCAAUGCGGAUUGCGGCCUGUUGGAGGACGCAGAGAUUCCAAAGGACACAGUAGCCCAGCUGCGAAGGUUGGCCCUCGAACCCGCCGGCGGCGCCCCUGCCACGGGUGUAGCAGCAGCAGCAGCACGGAGGUCCAUGGCCGUGCCGUGGAGUUACCUCCGGGGCCAGGACCCGGCUCAGGGCCAUGGUGGCCGGGAAGGCCGUGGCCGCCUGCAGCUGCAGCUGCAGCCGCGGUCGCCACGCGGCCGCCGGGCCGGCCAGGUGCCUGGCUCGGGCGGAAGGCGGCUGGCAGAGGUUAAGGCCUGA